AUGGCUCGCCAACAGAGUCUGGGCUCCAAGCUCCUUCAUGUCCUGCCCUUCGUUGCCUACUCAUCGGCAUCUGCGCUGUACUCAACCUAUAGCUUCAACCCCUUGACACAUCUGGGAGGCAUCGCUCCCUACUUCGAGUCACAGGACCCUCAGUCAUCCCCCGAUGCCCCGCAAGGUUGCACAGCAAAGCGUGCUGCCUACCUCGUGCGCCAUGCAGCCAUCUACGCAAAUGACUUCGACUUCGAGGAAUACAUUGAGCCCUUUCUUGAGAAGCUGGGCAACAAAACGGGCAUUGAAUGGGGCAAGAUCCCGUACUUGAACUUCUUGAACGGCUGGGAGGCCCCCGUCUCUGAGGCAGAGACGUCACUCCUAACGCGUGUGGGAAGACUGGAGGCGGCGGGCCUGGGAGUCGACCUUGAAUUUAGAUACCCCAAUCUGAGACUGCCUAAGAGAGUCUGGACUUCUUCUGCCGAGAGGACUGUCAAGUCUGCGCAGUCUCUGGUUCGUGCCCUUGAAAGCGACGACAACACGAUGAACCUCGUCAACAUCUACGAGUCGAAGGAGUCAGGCGCCGACAGCCUGACGCCCUACAAGGCCUGCCCGGCCUACUCAUCGACUGCCGGUAGCGAACAGUCCGAGGUUUUCCAGGAGAAAUACACGAAGCCCAUCAUUGCGCGCUUCAACGCUCUAGCACCCGACUUCAACUUCACCACCAACGACGUCUUCGGCAUGCAGCAGUUGUGUGGCUACGAGACCGUUAUUCGCGGAAAAUCACCCUUCUGUGAUCUCGAUCUCUUCACUCCUGACGACUGGCUUGCCUGGGAAUACACGGAAGAUAUCAGAUACCAUUACAACGUUGGUUAUGGCCUGGAUGCAUCCGGAUACAUCGGUCUUCCUUGGCUCAACGCUACCGCGAACCUUUUGCUGCAAGAUAGCACGACUGAUGAGGACAUCUACGUCAGCUUCACGCAUCGUGAGCUGCCUCCGAUGGUUGCGGUUGCAAUGGGUCUUUUCAACAACUCCGAGUUCGUCGGCAGCGAGUCCCAGAUCAACAACACAAUGCCGCUCGACCGCAUCAACUACCGCCGCGCGUGGAAGGCGUCCAACAUCCUCCCAUUUCUUGGAAAUAUCGCCAUCGAGCGUUUGAACUGCUCUGGGGCCUAUGGAUACGAGGAUGGUGACUAUUACCGUGUCCUUGUGAACAGCGCACCGCAGCCUCUGGCCGACUGUGCUGAUGGUCCUGGAACUGCCUGCUCAAGAGAUGGAUUCAGCAAGUACCUGAAAGAGAGAGUUAGCAAGUUCUCCGGGUUUUCAGAGAAGUGCGGCGUUGAAUACGAUAACAGCACAGACGUUCUGUCAAUUUAUACGGACGCCUCUGUUGGCAACGGCACUGUGGUAGGAAAGCGAUACGAAGCCUUUUCUCAAUGA